CUCGCAGACGCGUCAUGCAACAUCGCACUCGCCGUCCUCAUGGCCUUGUCGCUUGCCCAACAAUACGAUCCCCAUUGGACUGAGCUAUAUAUCCAUGUCGAAGUGGUCUCGGAACACCAUCACCAAUCUCAACUCAGCGAGCUCUCCACCAGUUUUACAGCCAAGAAAGAACCAACCAUGAUCAGCACCAAGAGGAUCGCUCAGCUGGCCAAGAAGUGGCAGAGGAUGGAAGCGCUCGGGAGGAAGCGCCGCCUCGCCUGGGGGACGGCGGCGGCGGCAAAGAAAGCCGACAGGUGCUGCGCCUCCGUGGCGAGCAAGGGCCACUGCGCGGUGUACACGACUGACGGGGCACGGUUCGAGGUGCCAUUGGCGUGCCUCGGGACGGAAGUCUUCGCCGAGCUCCUGCACAUGUCCAGAGAGGAGUUCGGCUUCGCGGGCGGCCACGGCAGGAUCUUGCUGCCCUGCGACGCCAUGGUCAUGGAGUACGCCCUGUGCUUGCUGCGGAGGGGCGCCUCUGCGGACCUGGAGAAGGCGUUCCUCAGCACCAUGGCGAUGUCGUGCCACUCUGCAGACCACGCGGCGGCGCCAUAUGUGGCGGCUUGCUGUUAGUUUGCAGCUGUAUAAGUAGUGGCAGAGAGUUCAUCACUGUAUAUAGUAGGACAAAGAGAGGUGUUGUUCAGAUCCUGCGACCCAUUAAGGAAGGUAGCGAUUAGCAAGUUAGCGCCAGUGCUCUUGUUUGAGCAGUGAGCAUAUUACAGCUUAAUUUCACGCCCAAAAAAUUAAUUUCCUGAGCAUAAUUUUCAGGUUAUUGCCA